ACAAACGAAGAGUUCUUAAAAUCUUUACAAGACCACCCGACUACUUGGACGUUGGCUUCGAUUGCAUGGCUUCUGAGCUGUGCUUUUGUUUGGAAAUUGGAACUGAUGGCGCUCGAACGAAACAUGGCAUCGCAUCAUGCGAAGAAUAGUCUUGACUCCACUUCCGAAGGUACUGGCGAUAUCGGUGAACUGAAAAAUUUGCCGUGGUAUAUGCCGGAAAUAGGUAACAAGCUCAACGAAUCGAUGCAAACGUUGUUGGAAGAGUAUGGGAGCGUUCCACGAUACAUUCAAGAAGAACAUAUCCACCGGAUCCGUGACGCAGCCUUUGAGGCCCUACCGAUCGGAACAAUUGGCGAAUUCUGGUUCCUUGUCCUUGGGCUCGCUGAACAUCCAAUGUACAAUCACAUCGUCAAACGGCUGACACUUGGAAGCGAGAGUCUCCGGCCGACCUUGAUCGAUCUGGGAACUUGCCUUGGUCAAGAUAUACGUAAGCUGAUAUACGAUGGCGCAUCGCCUGAUCAGCUUCUGGGAGUAGAUAAGUUUCCGCAAUUCCUGACUGUCGGCCACGAACUAUUUCAAGACCACGCAGUCACCAAAUCAUGCUUCAAAACUGCAGAUAUCUUUGGAGAGGAAGAAGCUGGUGUCCUUGACACGACCAGAGGCUCUUGGGAUAUCGUGACUUCUGCGCAGCUGUUGCAUGCGUUUGACUGGGCGAAGCAGAAGCAAGUAAUAAAGCUCAUGUUCCAACUAGCACGUGGAAAAGGUAGCUGGAUAGCAGGUUUGCUUACUGGUGGUCUACAAGGUCAUUCAGUCCCUGUUCCACCUCCACUGGUUCCUGUCGGCGUACAUGUGGAACGUUACAUCCACUCGGCGGACACACUGCGACAGCUCUUUCAAGAAGCAUCCGAUGAAGCGCGACUGUCUGUCAGCAUUGAUGUGCGAUAUCAAGAGGACCCUAAAAGCUUGUACACGAGCGAGAUCACAAAGGGUUUCUUUACUUCUCCGGAGGCGAGACUUUUGUUUUAUUUUGUUGAGAUUCUUUGAGGGUUAGUAGGCGUGCGCGUUUUCUGUUUAUUCCAAGCGAUAUUAGUAUAAGAGACUGCGGCUCAUGACAAAACGCGUUCUUGAAAUGUGCAUGUGGGCUCAGAAGAGAGCAGAUAGAAAGUCGUAUCGAUGAGCCACAUAUAGCUUGGUACAUUUUGACAUCACCUCAAAUACUGACUCGCCUGGCGACAUCAGCCUCAAGUCUCACGACUCGCAUCUCUCCUUCCUCUGUAGUUCAUUCCAAUUUACAGAAGCAACAAGCAUUAUCAU